CUGUGCCGCGACCCAGGCUCGCAGCCGUUCCCCGAGAAGAGGCGCCUCGCCGCCGCCAGGCACUUAGCGCGGACAGCCCGGGCUCGGGGCGCGCCGCCGGCUGGGGCCUGAGCGGGGCCUUCGCGCUCCCAGCGGCGACGCGCGCGCGGCUCCUGGCUGCGGAGAUGCCCCCCAAAGGGAAAAGCGGCGGGAAAAGAGGGAAGGGAGGAGCCGCUGGCGGCGCGAGCAGUGGGGAGAGGCAGGCCCCGGCCCCGGCCCCGAAGGGCGGCGGCAGCUCUGUGAAGGUUAGACACAUCCUGUGUGAAAAGCACAGCAGAAUCAUGGAGGCCAUGGAGAAACUGAAGUCUGGAGUGCGCUUCAGUGAAGUAGCCUCACAGUACAGUGAAGAUAAAGCCAGACAAGGGGGAGACUUGGGCUGGAUGACCAGAGGUUCUAUGGUGGGACCUUUCCAGGAAGCAGCAUUUGCCUUGGCAGUCAGCAGUAUGGACAAGCCAGUGUACACAGACCCUCCUGUCAAAACGAAGUUUGGAUACCACAUAAUUAUGGUUGAAGGGAGAAAAUAAAAUAUAAAAAAAAAAAGUGACGCUGACACUUACAGUUCUAUACAGUGAAUAGGAACUUCCCAGCAGAUUUGUUGUGGGAGUUGUUAGGGUUGGGGAUAUGUAGGACUCAGGAAUCUGGACUAGUUUUGUAAAUGGUUUGCACUAACAGGUGCCAUAAAUACCCAAGUAUAAAUCA